CGACCCUCUGGGGCCUUGCCAGCUUUUGGGCCAAACUGGGUCUGUGUUUGAGGACAGUUGUGGGCCAUUGUCUCCUUUCCUGGCUCUGCACCACGAGAGAAAAGCCUUUCCCUGACCUCUCCAAGAUGGAAACGUCCAGAAAGGACUGAGGGGAGAUGGCUGGGCCAGGCCCCCCAAAUGUCCUCAGAGCCUCCUGCUUGGGGGGCUGGGUUGGGCCAGGGAAUGCUGGGAGUUGAAGUCCACACAUCUCAACAUUGCCAAGCCAAGGAUGAAAAGGCUGCCAAUUAGACCCUAAGAGACAGUAAGUGCCCAAACAAGCCGAGUGGGGAUUUGGGGCCUUUUUCUAGGGAAGCGUCUCUUAGUGAACACAGCAACAAAGGGGACUGGCAGCCGCGCCCGGCCCUCCGCCCGGCUCCUCAGGGCAACUGGAGCAUGCAGGAUAAACAUCAACAAGGCUGCCUUUUAAAUCUCUGACUCUGCUCAAGUCGAGACCUGGCCUCUGUGCCAGGGAGGGGGCAGCUGCUCAAGGGGCAGAUCACACAGCAGAGAGGAGGGCUGCAAGCCGGGAAUGCAAAGCGAUCCCUGGGUAGACGAGGAACCGGGCAGCUUCCAGGGUUUUGGGCACCCACCUCCCCACCCCAAAACAUCCUUUGCUAAGAAGUCAAUCCCCCAGUUAUCAUGGGACGAUUGGCCACAAGAUGAGGGACGCAGGCCUUAUCUCUUGCUCUUAAGGGAGAAGGAAGGCCUGGGGGGUGGGGCCCCUCUCAGCCAGAAGUGGCCCCUGCUGCCCUGGCUGUGAAUGUCAGGAAUCUGAAAUGGCUGCUGGAGACUUUUCUCAAAAUUUACGAUAGCUUUUGAACAGCCCCGCCCCUGCUGCCAAUGGAGUGUAGAGAGAGGACCUCCCCCCCACACAUCCAAGUCCCAAAGGAGAGAAUGGCUUUUCCCUCUCCCAGGGGCCUGGAGCAGGAGCCACUAAGGGAACUGAGCCUUGGAGGUGGGGAGCAGGGACCAGGCAGCCCGGGGCAGGUGAGGCUCAGGGCAGCCGCUGGGUCUUCCUUCUCUCGCAAGACUUCUCCAUCCUGCUGAAGGAUCCGCUCUCUUCGCAGAGGAGAAAGGCGUUCCCAAGAACAUCCUUGGCAUUUGAGCCUUCCCUUCGCUUUCCUGGUGCUGGCUAAAGGAGAGUGUGAGGCUUUCACAAUCGCUGGGAGGUCAGGGGUGGGGUCGGCAGUGGCAGAGAUGCCAAGGUUGGUGGAAACCUAAUCCUGUAACAUUAUCCUGCUGUUUUUGUAUCAGCUCGAUAAUCCCCUGGCACCAGAGCCUCUCCCAUCCCAUCUUGGGACAUGCUGGUGGCGGACCUGAAUCUCUCUAUGUUAGAAAACAGGGCUGUGGCGCAACCACAGGGGUUCCUGGGCAUGUGGGGAGAGCUCUCCAUUCCCAGCGUAGAACAGCAAGGGGGCUCUGCUCUCGGCUGGGCAUCUCCCGCUGAGGGGUGCAAGAGAGGCCAUCCAACAGGCACUCUGAUGGGCAGCUUUGCCAAAAUUGCUGCCGCAAGGGAGGUCCUUGAAGCUGUGAAGGGCUCCAAGUGGAGGGGGCUUCUUCUCUUUUUCACCUUCCUAGCAACCCCCCCCCACUUUCCUUCCACAGUGGCCCUGCAGGUUCCUGGCGUCUCAGGCUUUUCUGCAGAAGCCUUGGGUGAAAUUGCUGGGCGCUGCCGGCAGCUCAGCCUCUCUGGCAUGUUUGACACGGACAAGGGGCAGGAAGCGUUGCCAGCAGCCUCCGGACCAUCUGCAGGAAGAGCCACCCAUCCUCCCCAGCUGCUCCCCAGCCAGGCCACUGGCUUGGGGGUCCCCAGUGGCCCGGCAGGUGGGAAGCGCCCAGGAGGAUCCUUUCCUCUCUGCCCAGCAAUUCUCCCAAGGACCGAGUUGGGUGCAGGGCACGUUCUGCCCCGAGGCCCCAAGUGGGGGGUGGCCUGGCAGCACUUCUGCCCAGGGAGAAAGUGUUAUGCAAGCAGGUGAUGUGGCUAUCAGAGACCGAAAGCAACCUCAGCUCCAACGCCCAGCCUGCCUUCGGAGCCGCCCUGAGGGAUCAGGUUCCGUCAGGAGGGGACACGCCUUCCUCUUGGUCCCUGUAACCAGGGCAUAAAAGCAGGCAUGGGAGGCGGGCCCCUGUGUUCACUGGCUCCGUCGAAGCCUUCUCCCAGGGUUCCAACCAUGGAAGCCAGCGCAGCCACGGUUCUCCUCCUGGCUCUCUGCCUUUCCUGCCUGAUACUGCUCCUCCGAGGAGGACGAUGGGGCACCAAGGCACGCCUGCCCCCCGGACCUCGGCCCUUGCCCUUCAUCGGCAACCUGCCUCACCUGGAUGCCAAGAACAUGAUCAAGUCCCUGCUGGAGCUCAGCAGGCAGUAUGGCUCACUCUUCACCAUCCACAUGGGGUCCCGGCCGGUGGUGGUGCUGUGCGGGUACCAGACAGUGAAGGAGGCCCUGGUAGACCAAGGCGAGGAGUUCAGCGGCCGCGGAGACAUGCCGGUCUUGUUCCGAUUCACUCAGGGCAACGGCGUCGCCUUCUCCAAUGGGGAGAAGUGGAAGAUCCUGAGGCGGUUUGCCAUUCAGACCUUACGGGACUUCGGGAUGGGCAAGCGCAGCAUUGAAGAGCGAAUCCAGGAGGAGACCCAGUGCCUGGUGAAGGAGCUGGCCAAGAGGACAGAGCCCUUUGACCCCACAUUUCUGCUUGGCUGCUCGGUCUCCAACGUCAUCUGCUCCAUCGUCUUCGGAGAUCGCUUUGACUAUGAGGACCAGCAUUUCCUGACCUUCAUCGGGCUGGUCAAUGACAACUUCCGCCUCUUCAGCUCUCCUUGUGCCCAGAUGUACAACAUUUUCCCCCACAUCAUGUAUUACCUGCCUGGACCACACAACCAGAUAUUUGCCAACUUUGAGAAGCUGCGGGCCCUGGUGAAGGAGAUGGCCGAGGCCCACCAGGCCAGCCUGGACCCCAGUUGCCCACGCGAUUUUAUAGACUGCUUCCUCCUGAAGAUGCAGCAGGAGAAGGGAGACCCCUGCAGCUUCUUCCACACCGACACUUUGAUCAUGACCACCCACAACCUCUUCUUCGCGGGCACCGAGACCAUCAGUACCACCCUCCGCUACGCCAUCCUCAUCCUCAUGAAGUUUCCCGAAGUUGCUGCCAAGGUGCAGGAGGAGAUCGCUAAGGUCAUUGGCUCCGAACGCCUCCCCUCUGUUGCUGACCGGGCAAGGAUGCCCUACACGGAUGCUGUCAUCCACGAGGUCCAGAGGUUCGCCGACAUCAUCCCCAUGGGCAUCCCCCACGCCCUGACCAAGGACACCCAUUUCCGGGGCUUCUUCUUUCCGGAGGGCACCAACGUCCUGCCUUUCUUCCACUCCGUGCACCAGGAUCCCAGCCAGUUCCGCAACCCAGAAGUGUUUGACCCCGGGCACUUCCUGGACGAGGCGGGGGCCUUCCGCCGCUCCAGCGCCUUCAUGCCCUUCUCUGCCGGGAAGCGGCUGUGCCUGGGCGAGGCCCUGGCGCGCAUGGAGCUCUUCCUCUUCCUGACCGCCCUCCUGCAGCGCUUCUCCUUCCAGCCCAGCCGCCCCCGCGACCAGCUCGACCUCUCGCCCCUCAGGAGCGGCAUCGGGAACGUGCCCCGGCCCUACGCCUGCCGCCCGCUCGCCCGCUGACGCCGCCGCCGCCGCCGCCGCCGGGGGGAGGAGGAGCUCGGCCGCCCCUUUGCCCUCCGGAGCGGAGCGGGGCUGCCGGAGAGCCGCUCUGCUCUUUCGGGGGGCGGGCGGGGGGCUCUCCCGGGCGGCUGCACUGCAACCGGUGAGGCGGCAACUGGGCGCGGGGCCCCCUGCCUCGCCUUCUCUGGGCCGCCCGCCCGCUGCUCUCCAGCCCUGAACCCGAUCCGAGGCCUCGGCCUUCAGGGCUGCGGAAUGGGAAACCUGCCAGCCCGAAAUGCACUUUCAUCCGCGCAAGCUUUGCCCGGGGCACCGAAGGCGGCUCCAAGAGGCACCAAAUGCAAACAGGAAGAAAAGAACCGCCAGAGUAAAGACCUGCCCGAGCCCUGUAAUAAGAGGCCGGAAGGCCGCAUCCAGAGCCGCCCAACCCUCCGUCUAAGGCGGCCUUCGGGAGCCCUUUGCGCCUGUUACCCGAGGGGGUUUUCCAGGGCCCCUGGGACAGGCGGGAAAGCGAUAACUUCGCCGAGGGAGGGGUACCAAGAAAUAAGUAACAUUCUUAUGCAAAAACUGAAUUGCACAGGACCCAAUGUUUUCAAAGGUUCCUUCCAAGUCAGCAAAGUUGGCCUGUUUUUAUGUUAAAACACAGACGCUUGACCCCUGUCCUUGACUUGAGGCUUGCCUUGGAGAAAUCGGCUGAGGGUCGUCAAGAGGCCUGGAAUAAUCUUGCUUUUUUAGAGAUUCUUCUGCUCUGUUCAUCAAUUUCAGCCAGUUUUUAUUUUUCGGAAUUGUUUGCAAACUCUUUUGAGGGCCUUUGGGGAUUGGAAAGUGGGAUACAAACAUUUUAAAUAAAAUGCUAAGCAAGCACGCACAAGAA